CAACCUUUUUCUCCUCUAGCGCUGAGCUGUACUGUCCCCUCUAGCAAGCCUCGCCCAGCCAGCCCACUCCCCCCAGCUUAGCCUAGCGUUUAGUGGUUACCCGCUAGCCGACUCCCCUCAUCCUCCUCUACUCCUCCUCUCUCCGCCCCCCCAAAAAAGCCAGGUCCCCUGGUCGUGCUACUUCUUCCUCUUUCUUCUUUUUCCUGCCCCAAACCCUCUACUGCUUGCCCAACCACCCGAAAAAGUGCCCGCAAUCGACAAAGAACCGAAAUCGUCGCCUGUCGACUGUUUUACCAUCGUCCUUUGCAACUACUGCUGCAGUGUUCACCAGGCCGCGCGACACCGACUAGCUUGCCCUACACCUCGCUUUUCUAGACACGGGUCACCUGCUGCGCCUCCUUGGCUCAACGACUGCUCGUUCCCAACAUCGCGACUUUUGCUGCGCUUCCAGCACGCACGCACUCCUCCAUACGAACAGAUUUGUGCUCCAUACGGCUGCUGCUCCUGCUGUGGAAUAUAUACGACUCGACGUACCUCCCGGUUGCUGUCUUUUUUUCUUCUUCACCUGCGGGAGAGAUCCGAGACACAUCGCACGACCAGGCGCAUCUCUCCGUACACUCUUUACCUACGACUUUCGUCCGGCGGCCUCCUCAGCACAUAGCGCGCUCUUGAAGCGGCUGUCUUUCUAUAUACUUUCUUUCUUUUCUUUUGUAGUUUUAGCGCGUGCAACAGCCGUGCGCAUUUGAAGAAAGCGCCAUGGUUGACGACAAAUAUGUUGGCCUGGCAUUGGCCAUGUCUUCGGCCAUGGCAAUUGGCACAAGUUUCGUCAUCACCAAGAAAGGCCUGAUGCAGUCCGAGGAGCGCCAUGGAUUCGAGGGCGACGGCUUCGUUUAUCUGCGCAAUCCCCUUUGGUGGGCCGGCAUUGCUACACUCGCCAUUGGUGAGGUUUGCAACUUUGCCGCCUACGCCUUCGCCCCCGCCAUUCUCGUCACGCCUCUUGGCGCCUUGUCCGUCCUUAUUGGCGCCAUCCUAGGCUCAUACUUUUUGAAAGAGGACCUGGGCAUUCUCGGUAAACUAGGUAGUGCCAUUUGCCUGAUUGGCGCCAUCGUUAUCGUCCUGCACGCCCCUGCCGACAAGGAGAUUGGCACCGUGGAUGAGAUUCUCGAUCUCGCCAUUCAGCCCGGCUUCCUGCUCUAUGCUACGUGCGUUGUGUCGUUUGCCGUCUAUAUGAUUUACAAGGUCGCGCCUCUGCACGGCAAGAAGAACGCCCUCAUCUACCUCUCCAUCUGCUCGACUGUCGGCUCCAUCUCUGUCAUGUCCGUCAAGGCCUUUGGCAUUGCCCUCAAGCUGACCUUUGCUGGCAACAACCAGUUCAGCCACCCGUCCACCUACGUCUUCCUUAUCCUCACUGCCGUCUGCAUUCUGACGCAGAUGAACUACUUUAACAAGGCCCUCGCCUGCUUCCCCAGCAACAUCGUUAACCCUCUCUACUACGUCACGUUUACCACUGCGACCCUCUGCGCCUCAUUUAUCCUCUUUGGCGGCUUUGGCACGACCGACCCCGUCAACAUCCUCUCGCUGCUCUGUGGCUUCCUCGUCACCUUUGCCGGCGUCUACCUGCUCAACCUCUCACGCAACGACCCCAACGGCACCAAGCUUGCUGGAAACCGCGGCUACGAGGCUACUCCCACGGAUAUGGUGUCGAGCUUCCAGACGCGCCGCAGCAUGCAGUCGCGCCGUAGCGGUGACCCAUCCCGGCAUAGCAUUGGCAGCCUGAACGGCGAUCGCCAGGGCCUUAUCCACGGCUAUGACGAGGAGGAGGCCCACGGAUUCGGUCUUACGGAUCUUGCUGAGGACAGUGAGGACGACGGCCGCCGACGAAACGGGCACGCCAAGAAGGAGUCGGACACGAUUGAGCUGCAGAACCGCGCGCCGAGGUGAAGCUCCUGACGGCACCUGACGCAUAUGAUGAACAAGAGGCUAUGAAUUUCACUAGGCGGACAUGUAUGUGUAAUGUGACCAGGGUGUUUGUGUUUUAUUGGAGGGGUUCUUGGGGUUCUUGGACAUGACAGAACUUCGCUUGUACAUUUUGAGCUGUGUAGGUUAGUUUUGUCGUGUGGUCUGUUAUGAUAUACCAUGAGGAUGGGCGUUUCGGCGUGUUCUUUUUUUUCUUGCAGCAUUUAGAAAUAUAUGGCAUUGGGUUCACCCUACUUCUUUGGUGUUGUUUGUCUUUUUUUGUGAAUAUAUGACUCUGAAACGAGAUAGACAGUGGGCAACAGAUGAACCACGGCUAAAGACGAUACGAAAGAUGUAGCAUUCGCCAUCAUUUAGCCAAAUUGACCAUGUCUACACAGCCUCGUCACAUCACAAUUUAACAUGUUCCAUAGCAAACAUAUUCACCACCAUUGUUCAAGCACACAAGCAGCAUUUGAUGUCAUCAAGUUGUCUCAUUUUUUAUGGUACGCUACCAUUACAUAACAGAUGAAACCCUCAUAGAUGCAAAUGAUCAAUGACGCCUUUUAACCUAAUUCGGUUCUUCUUUUUUAUUUCAUAAAAACCGGCUCUUCUCCAUCCAUCACGCUUUCGUCAACAGGAAUUUAUUGGGGAGCGGCCUCCUCGGCCUCAGCCUCCUCAGCAACGCGAGCAUCCUGGCUGGCCUGGGCGGCGGCGGCCUUAGCACCGUAGUCCUGGCUGAUGGGCUGGAGAACGGGCUGCUCCUCCUUGGGGUCGAUGAUGGUGACGGCGUCGGGGAGGGUCUUCUGGGGACCGCUCUUGCCCUCGGGGUCGGCACCGCGCAUGAUCUUGACCUUGAUACCAAGGACACCCUGGCGGAGGAGGACGUGGCGGGUGGCAGUGUCGAUGAAGUCCUUGCGGGGCUGGCCAGAGUGAAUCAUGAAGCCGUCGGAGAACUUCAUGGACUUGGCACGGGCAGCACGGAGCUUACCAGAAACGACGACCUCGCAACCCUUGGCGCCAGACUCCAUGAUGAAGCGGAGGACACCGUAGCAGGCACGGCGGACGGCAAGACCGUUGAGGAGCUUGUAGCGGAGGGACUCGCACUGGGCGACGGCGGAGAGACCGCGGUUCUGGACCUUGGCGGCGUACAGCGAGACAGAGUUCUCGGGGAACUUGAAGCGCUUCUGGAUGAGCGAGGUGAGCUCGCGGAUGCGGCGGCCCUGCUCACCGAGAACCUGCUGGGUCUGGGUGGCGCGGAUGAUGAUGUCGGUGACGGUGGGGGUGACGCGGACCUCGACGCCGGAGUAGCCCUCCUCAGCGAGCUCGCGCUGGAAGAACUCGUUGAGUUCGGCGUAGAAGACGCCGUCGGCGACGAACUUUCUGCGCUUGGAGCUGGUGGGAGAAAGGACAUGUUAGCGGGGUUGUUCUCUUUUCAUUCGUCACUAGACGUCGUGGGGUUUCGUUGUCUGCUCUGUCCGUCUGUUUUCUAUAAUACGUGAUACGACAUUUGGUGGUGUAUAUUGGCGAACUGAUUCCGUAAGGAUGUGGGAAAUUGUCGAGCAUUUUCAGUAGUCCAACAGUUGUGUAUAUCGGGACUGUAGAACCGCAAUUGUCGUCGUCGUAGUUUCGUAGUUGUGUAUUCUCUCUUUCGUCGACUCUUUUUUUUCGUCGUGUCGUGUAAUAGUAACAGACAGGCGGCAGAACAAACAAUAAAAAACCCUUUGCGUCUAUAAAACACAGUCAAACAGCAAUUCAACUUACAUCUGAGCACCGGGGUGAGACAUCUUGACUGAUUUACUGGGAGUAACUUGUCGAGGAUGAGGAAAGUAUGGAAAAGCGUGGAUAUCGUCAAGCCAGUUGGGUCCCUCUCUGCGCACAGCGCUCGCCUGCUGGUCCCGCACUGCCUCGCAUUAUUUUUCAGUGUGGGUUGAGCCCUAAUCCACCAAUUUUGCCCUGGCCCCACUCUCUCG